AUGGAUCAGAUAUCAACGGACGUGAGCAGCGUCUCUGCACCCGGAACUGGUGGUUCAGCCGACCCAGCAGCAGCGCCCGAGGGCAGGCCGCUCCCUGCUGCUGAAACUGCCGUCUCCAAACGCUCGGGGAAGAGAAAUGCUGUCCAUGGGACGGAGGAGCGGGAGUGCAAGCCCAGACCGCUGCUGUCAUCGCCGCCUGGUCUCAGCGGGUCGCGGUUCCAGUGUCCCAAGUGCCCCAAGACGUUCAGCCGGAUUGAGAAUCUGACGAGGCAUCAGGCGAACCAUGAGAAUUUCGGCAAGUUCCCCUGCGUGGUAUGCAAGAAGCGCUUCACCCGCAGCGACCUCUUGAACCGGCACCGCCGCAUCCAUGGCCCGCGGGGCGAGUCCCAAACGCCCAAGUCCGAACCCGCGGCUUCUUCUCCCGGUCGGAGCAGCCUCCGGGACCUGGCUCGUCGAGACGAGCCGAGCCCGGCUUCCCCUAGCGGCUCGUCGUACACGAGCUCGUCUCCGGCGGCCAGUACCAUGUAUCAGCAUCAGAAUCAGCCCCAACACCAGCACACGCCCCUUCGAGGCGUCCACGACCCGCGGAAUUUCCUUCAUCAGGAUGGAUAUAGGCAUCCCCUACAGCCCAUUCCGGCACCAGAUGCGCGGUCCCUUCAAGCGACGGCCCAAGGAUUGACAAAUCUGAUGGAGGCGGCUUUGGCACCCCAGGAUAGCUUCUCCUCCACGCCCGUGGAAUCCAUCAGCCCAUCGAUGUGGGAUGGUUUCAUGCGCUUCGGUGAGCAGACGAACAUGUACAUGGGAUCCUACGAUGCCGACAUGUCCUGGACGUUAGAUUACCUCUCCUCAGAGCACUCGCCAAGCUACCUAACUGAACAGGAUAUGCCGGGCGCAUAUGAUGAUUCCGGAGACGCCUCGUUUGGUUAUCAGCAGAUGCAGCCACAGUACGAGCAGCCGCCUGGUAGCGAAGCCGAGGACGCAGAAGGCGAGGACGAGGACGUCACUGACUGGCCAGACAAGGUCGAAAGGCCGGCUGCGUUGGAACGCGCCCCCAGGGUCACUCCCAUGCAGGACCGGCAGAUCUCGUGGAGGUCGGUCAUAGACGAAGCUAUGUGCAGCGGCCUGUCGGCAGCCACGAUACGGCCAAUGCAUAAUGUCACGGAUUCACUCCGGAACAAUCUGCUGGACAAUCUUAACGAGAGUACUCUUCGGAACGAGAGUUCCCAGCCGGAGAUUGGCGAUGCCGUGUUUCCACCUGCGGAGGCGUUGGACUAUUUUCUGCGUCUCUAUAUUCGCUACAUACAGCCCAGGUACCCGGUUCUCCACCUUCCGACAUUUGACAUCUACAAUUCACCGCCUCUGAUGCUAGUUGCGAUGAUGUUCCUAGGCUCCAGCCACUCGGAUGCAGAUCGUGGCCGGUUUUCCCGCCUGUUUCACGAGCAUCUGAGAAUCGCUUGCACUCGAAAGCAAGAGAUUGACAAGGCAUGGCUUCGGAACAUCGACAACAUUUUCACAUACUUCCUCCUGUGUUUGGUGGGCACAUGGAGUGGGAGCAAGCAUUCCUACGAGUUUGCAGAAGGAGGGCGUGGAAUCCUUGUGACUGCAGCCAGAAGAUGUCGACUCCUGGACAAUCGGCCGGUUGCCAGAGUCGAUGCCGAGCCGUAUCGACGUCCGGGUAGACCACGGAUAGAGGCCGUGUGGUUGGCAUGGAUCGAGACCGAGAGGCGGAAGCGACUGGGCUUGUCGAUAUAUAUCUAUGAUUGCCAAUACCCAGCCCUCUUCAACAACCAGCCCUACGUCAGCAAAGCCGAGACUACGAACUGCGUUUUCCCCUGUUCUGAAGACCUGUGGGAAGCCCACGAUUUUCAAACAUGGAAAAUGCUCGUUGGGCCUCCGGACAUGCCACCGUCCACAUACUACCUCCACGCCCUCAACUGCUGUCUCCUCCGCAAAUGGAUCAAACCUGCUCCGGCCGUCGUACGCGCCGGCGAGUUCGGCAAGAUAGUCUUGAUGUACGCCCUGCACACGCACAUCUUCGAAUGGCGUCAAUCGACCUCUAUGCUCAACCCCACCGGCUUGAUGGCCACCUUUGGCAACUCCGCAAACGACAUGGGAGACGGCCUGCGUGAGCGGCGGAAGUGGCUGAUUGACGGCCUCGAUUCUUUUGCCGAGUGCUACAAAACACCCGCCACCAGUUGUGCUGCCUCUCUCCUGCACUAUCUCGGCUAUGUCAGUCUGGACGUGAGUCUCAGCGACAUGCACCUCGUGGCCGGGCGCAGCGUGAACAAGAACGACGGGAAUUUCGCAGAGGAGAACCUCAAGUUUUGGGCGAAUAGCGGGAUCGCAGAAGGCACGAUGAGACAAGUGUAUGAAAUGCUUGCGCUGUGUCAUCACUGUGUCAACAACGGCAUUGCAGCCGACAGCAGUUAUGAGAUUGCCGUGUGUCUGUUUACCGGGGGCAUGGUGUGCUGGGCAUUUGCGAAGUUGAGGAGGGGAGGCGGGAAUCAGCACUGCGUCGAGCAAGUACCCAAAGCGAGUUUGGCGUUGCGACGGAUGGGCUGUUGGAGAAUGUGCACCAUGUUUGGAAGGAUCUUGGAAGGCUUCGAAGGGAAAAUGCACUAA